GCAUCCGGCACCGCCGCGCUGCCAGACCCCGCUCUGCACCCAAAUUCUGCUAAAACAGCCCCAAAUUCUGCUGGAACGGCCCCAAAUCCUGCUGCAACAGCCCCAAAUCCUGCUGCCUGACCAGUCCCAGCUGUCCCAAGCCGAGGGGAAGGGAAGGUUGGAAAGCUCUGAGCCCAGGUCCUGCUGCCUGUCUGUGUCCCCCCAGGCCCUGGAGACGCCUCAGCAGGAGGAUGAACCUUUGUGCAUGCUGGAUUCCUGCUGUCACCUCAUUUGCCACCUUGAUACUCUACCCUCUCCUCUUGCUGACCCUUUACACCAUGCUCAGCAGGAAAAUUGCCCAGCAUUCCUGCAGGAUGCAGGUGAGCAGCAGCCCUGGGGAGCAUCCCAGCCCUCAGCCCACCCCAGCUCCAGCCUCAGCACCGGGAGGGGACACAGCACAAAACCAGCCUGGGGCACAGAAACAGCCUGGGGCACCAAACCCAGCCCCAGCCUAUGCAGGGAGCAGUGACACAUCUUCGGACACCUCAGAGGACUCAGAUGACCCUUCCUGCCCUCAGGGCCGUGGCUCAGAGAAAAACAUCAAUUACACAUCCCUGGUGUUCCCAGGGAAAGGCCCCGAGCCAGGCUCUGCCCGGGACUACGAGAACGUGAAGUCUGGCAUGGAUUAUGUCAAUGUGGACCCAAAGAAAAGGAAAACACAUUUCUGGCCCUUCUCCAGCCCCAGGGCAUCCAAGGGUGUGGAGUACACCGAGGUGAAGCUGUGACACUGCUGUGGAGCUGUGACACUGCUGUGGAGCUGUCACACCAGGGUGAAGCUGUCACACCAGGGUGCUGCUGCUCAGAGGUGCCCAGAGCCCCCAGCAGCUGCACAGCUGGCACUGUCCCCUUUCCCCAGGGACUGCCUGGCACGGCCUGCAGCACUUGUACCACCCCCAGCCACAGGCACAGCUUCCUUGGCUUUUCCUUAAAGGCUCCACUGUUCCUGAGGGCUGUGGGGUGGGGCAGGGGAAGGCUCCUCCCAGCCGGGCUGGAAUCAGCUCUCCUCUUCUGUGCCAUGGCCUUUUCCCCCUCAUUGCAUGAAAGCAAAAGAAACAUCCCCCCCUUGCCACUCAAAGUGGGCAGUUCAGGGAGGGAGAUGCAGUGAUCCUCCAUCCUGCACUGAGCUGGCUGGCAGCUCCUCUCAGUCUUGUUGUUUUGCUCAUCAGCCUCAUAAAAUCCUUUUAAAUACAAUUUUUCCAUUAGCUUUUCCCUCUCCCUGUCUCCCACCUUUUGCUUUCCCUGCUUUGUCCCUGCUCCAGGUGCUGGGGUCGGUCUCUCCCACCUGGGCCAUGUCCCUGCUCCUCGCUCUGCAUUUUGUUACUUCUGAAUUUUCCAGAAAUAAACUUCCAAAGUGCCUGGGAAUGGGAAUGGUGUCCCAGUGGGAGCUGUGUGAGGGGGAUGGAGCUGCUGCCUCCCAGCACAGGGAGGAAUGGAGCUGCUGUCUCCCCUUCCUCAGGGCUGGAGCUGCCCCAAGUGUGUUUUAAUGGGCUGAGUGAUGCUGUGAUUUAAUGAAAGGCUGUGAGACCAUUGAUUUGGGAUUGAUCAGUGGCAGGGGGAGCCAGGCACUCCUGCUUUCAUGACCUCAUGGACCCAGCUUGAAGGGCACAUGAAGGAAAAUAUUCCCAAAAUCCCCAACAAUUGGA